AGAGGUUUAAGAGUCGCUGUAACUCAACUGAGGAGUUCAGUGGAAGUUAACGUGAGGAACUUCUCUUCCUUCAUACACCAGACUGACAGACUGGACGGAGUAAAGUGAUACAUUAUUUACCAACAGGGUCAAAUUCAGAAUGGAUUUCUGCAGUUUCACUUUCAACUUCUUCAUUUGGUUCGCUGCACUGCUUGACGGACUCGCCGAUCUCGUCCAUUCCCAAUCGGCCAUUUAUACAAAAAUGGAAGGCGAAGAUUUAAGAGUCGCGUUCAGCUUCGAUGUGCCUGAAGGAAGCAAAAAGUACCUCCGUAAGACCAACUGCGAAGAGGAAGACACUCUCAUUGAAACAAACGGGAACAGACUUCACACUGACAGAUACAUCAUACGUUACAACAGCACUCAGAAAAAAGUGCACGCAGUCAUCGAAGCGCUGAAAAAGUCCGACGCAGUAUCCUACACAGUCGGCUACAUCGCUGCGUCCUCUGUGGGUUCGUACGAGUUUGAGCUCAAAGUUCGAGAUCUGUGUGACGAAGUCGUCGCUGGAGAACCCAGAGUCUACAGCGCCGCCGAAGGAGGAAACGUCACAGUCCGAUGCAGCUUGUCCUUACAUCCGCGGUGCAGGAAGUUCCUCUGCAGGGAGGAGUGUGACAAGUUCCUCAUCGACACCAAUGAUGAGAUAGCUACGAGUGACAGAUACAAAAUCAAGUAUGGCAGCAGGUCAAUGUUUAAUGUGACCAUCGGCAGGCUCACCGAGUCUGACUCGGGACGGUACAGGUGCGGUGUGGGAAGAAACCAUGGCAAGAAUACGUGCCAGGAGUUUGAGAUCACGGUCACUGGGGGUGAAGUCUCUGCGCUGGUCGUCUCCGUGACUGUGGCCGUUGCCGUGCUACUGGCCGUCUCUCUUGUGCUGCUGCUGUGCCUCGUCAAAUGCAAGACAAGCCAUGUCCAUUAUGUGAACACCGGGGCAAAUGGCAAACCCAGAGAGUUUGCCCCCAGCGAGGACUCUGCCGCAGCCUCCAGACGCGAAGAGCGAGUGUACCAGGACCUCGACCCACACACCAGGGACGGGAACCUGUACUGUGUGUUGUCAGUUUAACAACACACAGAGAGAAGGAACAAAUCAUGUGCACGUGUCCUCCUUUGAUUCAACCUCAGUGUGCGGAUCAGUUCACUCUUUUGUGCCAUAUCGGUGAUUUUCAUGUCCGUCCAGUGUAAUGUCCAAAUGGGAAGUUGCUUAUGAAUUCAUUGCUUUACAUCAUGCUCACAUUUAGACGUCCUCGUCAUCGAGACUAAUGCAGUUAUCGUUGUCUUCACAUGCCAGGUUAGAGAAGUGCUGCUGAGCUAAUUCGGCCCGACUCUCCUUAAUGCAGAUUUUCCGAUUGAAUUCAUUUGAAGAGCUUGAUCCCAAACACCCCAAUAACUUGAGGUUAUUUUCUUAACUGAUACUGACGCAUGCCACCUUUCACACCUUGAUGACAAAUGACAUGUUUGUUUUUUCCUUUUAAUUUUAUCGAUGAAUGAAUAAAAAUACAUAUUUAUCAUUGCUGUAAUGGAAAAGGAAGGUAGAACCACAGCUAUAUAUAUAUAUAUAUAUAUUGACAUUUAUUUAAUAAGAUAUUAUUACAAUUUUUUUUAAACCAUUCCAUGUAAUCUUUGUACCGCAACAACGCAAUAUAUUACGAUGUUCAAAAUGACAUUAC